GUGAACAACAGUCUGGGCCUAAUUGUCGAAGCGAAUCGCAGUGAUAAGUGUUAAAAUUUUUUUUUGCGUUAUUCGUUACAAAAUUUUUUUUUAACUAAUAUAUACAUAUAUUUCAAAUAAUUUAAAAUUAAUCAUUAAUUUUAAUAUAAUUUUUUUUUUUGAAACAAUUCUUGAAAAAAAAAUAUCAAAAAAAAUUUUUUUAUUUAAAAAAAUUAUUUACGGCCAUUAAAAAUAAAAGACAAUUUUUUUUUCGAAUAAAAAGAAGUAAUUUUUGAAAUUUGUGCGUAAGAUUUUCGCAAUAGAUAUUAUAGAAGAAAAAUUAUAAAAUGGAUCCAUUGACAAUGACGGGAGAUGAAAUAGUGAUUACGGGGAUAUCGGGAAAAUUUCCAAACAGUGAGAAUGUUCAAAUGUUGCAACAUAAUCUCCUAAAUAUGAUUGACUGUGUUACCAAUGAAAAACCACGAUGGGAAUGUAAUAAUCCUCACGUACCAUCACGAAUUGGCAAGAUAAAGGAAAUAACAAAAUUUGAUAGAAUAUUUUUUGGAGUUCAUCCAAAAGUGAGUAAUGCAAUGAUUCCUGAAAUGCGAAUGAUAACUGAAUGUACCUAUGAGGCUGUAGCGGAUGCUGGAAUAAAUCCACGACAAAUGAAGGGAAGUAAAACAUCCGUUUAUACUGCAACAACAUUUUCAGAAUCAGAGAAAGCUCUUUUCUACGAAAAAUUUGAGCAAAACAGUAUUGUUGGCACAAGUCGAUCGAUGCUUGCAAAUCGUAUUUCUUUUUUCUUGGGUCUAGUGGGUCAGAGUAUUAAUAUUGAUGCCAGUUGCUGCGGAAGUUUAACUGCUUUGGAACAAGCUUACCUUGAUAUUAAAAAUGGUCGAUCAGAUAGUGCAAUUGUCGGUGGUGCAAGUAUUUGUUUGCACCCAUAUUUGUCACUUCAUAUGUCACUUUUAGGUCUAUUAUCACCUGAGGGAAAAACAAAAUCAUUUGACAAUGAUGCAAAUGGUUAUGCACGUGGUGAGAGUAUUGUUGCUGUUUUUUUACAAAGGGCCAAAGAUGCAAAACGUAUUUAUGCUGAAGUUAAAAGUAUACUGUCAAUACCGGGACCAACAAAUGAUAGAUUACCGGCAUUUUAUCCCACUAGUGAUGUACAAGAAAAUUGUUUUCGUAAAUCAUUGAAGGAUGCAAAAAUUGAGGGAAAAGAUAUUUAUUUUAUUGAAGCUGAUGGCUUGGGAAUAAAAGAAACAGAUGCUCAGGAAAUAAAGGCUAUUGAUCUUGUUUUUAAUGAAGGUCGAAUGUCACCACUUCUCGUUGGCUCUGUUAAAACGAAUAUUGGCUAUUGCUCCAAUUCCAAUUCACUAAAUGCGAUUGUUAAGAUUAUCACUGCAAUGGAUAGAGGAAUUAUUCCACCUAAUCUACAUUAUAAAACCCCAUCUAGUAUGAUUCCUGCCAUAAAAGAGGGACGAAUUAAAAUUCCCACAGAAUGUAUUCCUUGGGAGGGAAAAUAUGCAGCAAUUAAUACAAUAUCAUUAACAGGUCUUGCUUCAAAUGUUAUAUUAAAAUCAUUUAAAAAAGAAAAGAAAAAUCAUGGUGCACCUGAUGAUGAUUUAAUUCGUUUAAUUAUUGCAUCCGGAAGUACUGAAGAAUCAGUGGCUUUUAUUUUGGACCAAUUAGAAAGCAAACCCGUAGACGUUGAAAUGACUCAACUUAUUUAUAAUGUAUUUGAAACUGAAAACACUGGUCAUUUAUAUAAAGGAUAUACAUUAUUACCACCAAGGGGUUUACCGAAAAUUAAACAAAGGCAAAUUGAGUACAAUUCUGGUUCUAAAAAACAAAUUUGGUUCGUUUAUUCUGGCAUGGGUUCGCAAUGGGUUGGAAUGGGUGAGGCCCUUUUAAAAAUACCUGUAUUUGAAGCUGCAAUUCGAAAAUGUGACGCUGCUUUAAAACCACGUGGAAUUGAUAUUUUUCGUAUAUUAACAGAGAAAGAUCCAAAAAUGUUCGAUUAUAUAGUACACGCUUUUGUUGGCAUCACAGCUGUACAAAUUGGAUUGACGGAUGUUUUACAUUCAAUUGGAAUAAAACCAGAUUACAUAAUUGGUCAUUCACUUGGAGAAUUGGGUUGUGGUUAUGCUGAUGGUUGUAUAACAGCAGAACAAAUGGUAUUGUGUGCUUUAGGUCGUGGUUUGGCAUCUGUUGAAUCAGAUUUAAUAAGAGGAUCAAUGGCAGCCGUUGGAUUGGGUUAUGAAGAAAUUAAACCUCUAUGUCCACCUGAUAUCGAUGUGGCAUGUCACAAUAGUGCCGAGAGUUCAACCAUAAGUGGUCCAGCAGAAUCAAUGAAGACAUUUAUAGCCGAUUUAACAGCAAAAGGAAUUUUUGCAAGAGAAGUUGCGUGCGGUAAUAUUGCAUAUCAUAGUCGAUAUAUGGCACCUGUUCGUGAUUUGGUAUUAAAAUAUUUUAAUCGUGAAAUACCAAAUCCAAAACCACGUAGCGAUAAAUGGGUGAGUACAUCAAUACCAAGAAGUGAAUGGGGUUCACAAAAAGCACGAUUAUGCUCGGGAUUUUAUCAUAUGAAUAAUCAAUUGAGUCCUGUUUUAUUUGCUGAAACGGCAAAAAUGAUUCCAAAUAAUGCAAUUGCAAUUGAAAUUGCACCACAUGGAUUGAUGCAAGCUAUUUUAAGAAAAUCAUUAGCUAAAGAAGUUAUUAAUAUACCAUUGACAAAAAGAGGACAUCCUAAUAAUGUUGAAAUUCUCAUGAAUGGUUUAGGAUCAUUAUAUUCAUCUGGUCUUAAUAUUAAAAUUUCAAAUCUUUAUCCAAAAAUUGAAUAUCCCGUUUCUUGUGGUACACCAUCAAUAUCAUCGUUAAUUAAAUGGGAUCAUUCUAAUGAUUGGUUUACAGAUUUUUACGAAGAACCACAAGAAUUAAAAGAAGGAGAAAUGAAAUUUCCAAUUCAAUUGGAAAACACAGAUUGGGAAUUUUUAAGAGGCAACAAAAUUGAUAAUAAAAUUGUCAUACCAUCGGCAUUGUAUUUAAAACUUGUUUGGCAAGUUUUACGUGAAAUUAGCGAGGAAAAGGAUUUAAUUGUCUUUGAGAAUGUUCAAAUUUUUAAACAUCAAUUAAUUAUUCCAGAAAGUGAGGAAUUAAGUUUAGUUGUAAUGGUUCAAAAAGGAUUGGGAAAUUUUGAAAUUACAAACAACGAUAUUUUAUUGUGCUCGGGUAAUGUUCGUGACAUUGAUAAAAAUCCGGAUGUUUUUACAAAAAAUAAAUCGAAUAAUAAAAAUAGUAUUUCUGAAUUACUCGAUAACAAUGAUAUUUAUGAUGAAUUAAAAAUGCGUGGCUAUCAAUAUUCAAAAUUAUUUAAAAGCAUUAUUAACUCGUCAACAAAUGCAACAUAUGGAACAUUAAUUUGGAAUAAUAAUUGGACAACAUAUUUUGAUGGAAUGUUGCAAAUGUUUUAUCUUGGUAAUGAUACAAGAAAUUUACAAUUACCAGUGAAAAUUAAUAAAAUUACCAUUGAUCGAAAAUUUCAGGAGAAACAAAAUAAUACAGAAGGAAUUCCAAUAAAAAUUAAUCGACAACUCAAUGUAACAAUUGCGGGAGGUGUUGAAAUAUGUGGAAUUAAUUUAACGCCAAUUUUACAUGAUUCAACACAAGGUGAAGUGAUUGUGGAGAAUAUUGAAAAAUCAAAAACAUUAAAAAUUCAAACAGAAUUAAAACAAACACAAUAUUGGAAAGCAAAACAAUUGAUACAAUCAAAUCCAACAUCAAUAACAUGGGUCGAAGGUUGUUUGGUUGAUGAUUUUUUAAUGGAAAAUAUCGCAAAAGUUGAAUACGCAUCAUUAGAUACAUCAGAUUUACUACGUGUACAAGGAAAAUUAUUAACAAUUGAAUUUGGCAAAAAACGAAUUGAAACAAAAACAUUUGGUUUAGAAUAUUCAGGAAUUAAUUCAAAAGGACAACAAAUAAUGGGAUUAUCAUCAAAUGGAACAUUAUCAAAUUUUAUUGAAAUCGAUUCAAUAUUCACAUGGGAAAUACCAAAAAAUUGGCAACUCAAAGAAGCUGCCACUAUUCCAUUGGCCUAUACAAUUGUUUAUAAUGCAUUAUUUUUAAAAGGAAAAAUUAAAAAUAAUGAAACAAUUCUCAUUUACAAUGGUAUAAGUGAUAUUGGUCAAGCGGCAAUAAAUUUGGCAUAUAAUGAAAAAUCUGAUAUUUUCAUCAUCUAUAAAAAUGUCGAUGAAAAGAAAUUAUUAAAAAAAUUAUUUCCAUUUAUAAAAGAAAAUCGUUUAUGUUUUUCAUUAGAUUUAUUUGCCGAUGAAAUUUUAAUGAAAACAAAUGGAAAAGGAAUUGAUCUUAUUAUUUAUAAUGGAAAUAAUUUAAAUAUUAUAAAACAAUGUUUAAAUUGUGCAAAAAAAAAUGCACGCAUUGUUAUAAUUGAUGAUUUACAAGAAGCAUUUGGUAAAUCAAUAGGAAUGGAAAUUUUUCUUAAAGAAAUUAGUCUCUAUUCAGUGAUACCAAGAAAAGUAUUGCUAGAAACUGAUUUAGGGACAAAAAAAAUUUUAGCAAAAAUGGUUGCAAAUGGAAUUAAAACAGGUGUUGUUAAAUUAUUACAUGGUCAUUUUUACGAGAGAGAACAAUUGAAUAAAGCAUUUCAAGAUGGUAUUGACAAUAAAGUAAAUGGCAAAAUAAUAGUAAAAGUUCAAGAACAAGAUUUAAAUAGAGCAUUAGCAAUAUCACAAUAUUCGUGUUCAAAGAAAGGAUCAAUUUUAAUAAUUGGUGGUUUAAAUAAUUUUGGUCUUGAAUUAAUUGAUUUUCUUAUUGUACGAGGUGCGAGAAAUAUUAUAAUAAUUACAUCAUCAAAUUCAAAAAAUUUGAGGAAAUUUUCCAAUUAUCGUAUGAAUAUAUGGCGUAAAUAUGGAAUAAAUAUAAUUCUUCGUGAUAAUUUUGAUUUUACAAAAAAAGAAGAUAUAAAAUUAUUAUUAAAUGAAGUAACGAAACAUGGUCAAAUAGAAGCCAUUUUUGAUUUACAACGAAUGAAUAAUAAUAAAAUAAAUUCAAUGACAUUAAAUAAUUUAUUUACCAAAAAUAUUGAUGAGGAAUUUAAAAAAUAUUCUUCAAAUGGACAAAAAUUUGUUAUAUGCUCAACAGUUAAUGAAUUAAUGGAUAAUUUCAAUGAUUUAGUAAAAAAAGAAUGUGAAUUAAUUAAAUUAUGUGAGAAAUCAUCAUUGAAACAAUCGCGUAUUUUAAUUCUUUGGGAUUCUAUUGAAGGAAUAAUUGAUGAAUCAAAAAUUUUAAACGAUCAACAAUUAUUAACAAUUCCCAGAGCUAUUGAACAAUUUGAUAGAAUACUUGGAUCAAAUGUUUCUAUUGUUGGUGUAUCAUACAAAAAAUUAAUUAUUGAAAACAAACAGGAAACUAAUGUUGUAGAUGAAAUAGAAGAGGAUGAGGAAUCAUUAUUUAAAGCCUAUUUAUAUAAAGUUGAUCCAAUGACAAAGAGUAAAUUUAAAUCACUUAAUAUUCUUUCUUGAGAAUGUUUUUAUUAUUUAAAAAAAACGAGAAAUAUUCUUUGGAUUAAUUAAAAAAAAAAGAAAAAAUUCCUAACUAUAAUAAUAUACACAACUAUAUAUCGAAAGUAAUAUUCUGAAAUUGAGAAUAAAUAGGAUUUGUCACCUUUUUCAGAAUAUUUAAAUCCAAUUUAUUCUUAUUUUAAAAAUCAAUUUUAUUUUACAAUAUCUACAUAUAUUGGAAUACUAAAAUAAAUGACAAGUAUUUAUUUUCAAAUUUAGAAUACUUUUCUUUCGCAUUUUAUUUAAUUUAUUCUUUUUUUUAAUUUAUUUCUAUAUUCUUGUAAGACAUUUUUUUCAUUAAUUUAUCAUUAAUUCAUCAUUAAUAAUAUAAAUUUUUAAAAUAUAAAAUCAUAUUAUAUUUAACUAAAUUAUUAUAAUCCACAAAAAACACAUUAUAUCUAUUUAAUUCAUCUAUAUGUCAAAUUGUCAUAAUAAUAUUUCCUUCCAAUCUAAAAUACAAAGUCAUUAUAAGGGUGCACGUAAAAAGAAAUUAAUUCUUGUAAACGUUUAUUACGAAUAAAGUGGUUUUUAUUAACAUA